AUUGAGGAAACACAACAGCGAUAUAUUUAACCAGAAGCAAAAGCAACUCCUUCAUUGCAGUCGCAGUGUUUGAUCAUACAAGAGCACAAUCGUCGUUUAAUCCAGUUGCAAGCCGCAACAACCAUCAAGAUGCCUGUCAAAGUGCAUAUCGUUUACUGUGGUGGAUGAGGGUACAGGCCCAAGUUCAUCAAACUCAAGACGGUGCUUGAGGAUGAAUUCCCAGGCGAUCUUGAGAUAACCGGUGAGGGCACACCCUCUAGCACAGGGUGGUUUGAGGUGGAGGUAAAUGGAACGUUGGUGCACUCAAAGAAGAAUGGAGAUGGAUUUUGUGACAACGAUGCAAAAACACAAAAAAUUGUGAGUGCCAUUGAGAAGGCCAUGGGAAAAUAAGGAUGCGCUGAUCAUAGAGUUUUUCUUCUCUGUUGGUUGGUCUCUUAGGGAGUGCAACAAUGAUGGUGACAUCUAAAGUGUUUUCAACACGGAUGUUGCUUGAUGCUAUCUGCUCUUCCUUGGAGAAGACUUUCAGAGCGGGAAGCUCUCUGUUUAAUGCUUUAAUGAUUGGAAAAAUAAAGGGAAACUGUAAAAUUAGAUUGAAACAGAAGAUGGCAAUUUUAGUUUCUUUUGUCCAUUUGGUUUGCAUUUGUCCUUCUGUCAUAACGCACAAGUUUAAGAAUUAUUUGGUAACACUUUACAAUAAGGUGGUACAAUUAGUUACUAAUGCAUUAGCUAAUAUAAACUAACAUUGAACAAUACCUCUACUGCAUUUAUUAAUCUUAAUUCAUUUGGGCAUUUACUAAUGCAUUUUUUAAAAAUCAAUGUUUUGUAACUGUUUACAUUAAUUAAUGCGGCAUGAACUAACAUGAAUAACUGUAUUGACAUUAACUAACAUUAACAAGAAUUAAUACGUGAUGAAAAACGAUAUUGUUUAUGUUAGUUAAUGCAUUUACUAAUGGUAACUAAUACAGCCUUAUUGUAAAGUUCUACCAUUUAUUUGGCAUUGCUUUUAAAGUUUUGUGCAAUAAAAAUGUAAUACUGAAA